CUGAGCCGAAGGCAGACGCUUAACCAUCUGAGCCACCCAGGCGCCCCUGACCCCUAAAUUCUUAAAGAGCUUUGCUUGUUGGUGCUAAGGUAACAGGAAAGGCUAGAUGAUCUACCAGCUUUCUCUUCAGUGUUCUGUAAAGGUGGUGCAACGUUUUUUUAAAGUACAGUUGUUCUGCCCCAUAGCAGAAUUGUUGAAUUACUGGUGAGGCCCAAGUAUGUUCAAGGUAUUUUAAGAAUGCUUUAAGAGCAACAUCCAAUAUAUGACCAGUUUAAAGAACCACCAGUAGCUAUCAAGAGUUGAUACUUAAUUGUGAUCAUUGUAGAUUUUUUUCAUUUGCAAGGUCCAUUUUAUAUAUUUUUAGCUAAAAACACCAUUUGAUAUGGUCUGCCUGUAGUACAGGAAAGCAGAAAGUGACUUUAAGAAUGCCGAUUGCCCAGAUUGAUUUAAAUGUAAUUCUGAUAUCUGGCAGAGUGACCUCUUCAGAAAUUGAAACAAAGAUCAUGGUGAUAGGUGAAGUAAUACAUUUUAAUGUUUAAUGAUAGAAUUUCUUUUGUCCUAAAGACUGUGAAGUCCUUACAGUUCAUUAUUUAUCAUGUUAAAAGACGGUUUCUUUAAUGCCCAUUGUUUUAUAAAAGCAACAAAACAGUCAUAUUUCUUGGCCUGCUCUUGUUAAUGAUUAACAUAAUUUGGGCCUUCGUUAGAAACACUUGGUGUUUAGAAGUAACAAAGGUAUGCUGGGGGCUAUCAUACUAAUUUAGUGAUUUUGCUUUGGUAACAUGCUAAUUAAUAAAAUUUUGUUUUUGUUUUGUUUAUAGCAGAAAAAUAUGGCUCAGGAGACUAACCAGACCCCAGGGCCCAUGCUGUGUAGUACAGGAUGUGGCUUUUAUGGGAAUCCUAGGACAAAUGGAAUGUGUUCCGUUUGCUACAAAGAACAUCUUCAGAGGCAGCAGAAUAGUGGCAGAAUGAGCCCAAUGGGAACAGCUAGUGGUUCCAACAGUCCUACCUCAGAUUCUGCAUCUGUACAGAGAGCAGACACUAGUUUAAACAACUGUGAAGGUGCUGCUGGCAGCACAUCUGACAAAUCAAGAAAUGUGCCUGUGGCCGCCUUGCCUGUAACUCAGCAAAUGACAGAAAUGAGCAUUUCGAGAGAGGAUAAAAUAACUACCCCGAAAACAGAGGUGUCAGAGCCAGUUGUCACUCAGCCCAGUCCAUCAGUUUCUCAGCCCAGUACUUCUCAAGGUGAAGAAAAAGCUCCUGAGUUGCCCAAACCAAAGAAGAACAGAUGUUUUAUGUGCAGAAAGAAAGUUGGCCUUACAGGGUUUGACUGCCGAUGUGGAAAUUUGUUUUGUGGACUUCACCGUUACUCUGACAAGCACAACUGUCCAUAUGAUUACAAAGCAGAAGCUGCAGCAAAAAUCAGAAAAGAGAAUCCAGUUGUUGUGGCUGAAAAAAUCCAGAGAAUAUAAAUUACUACUUGUGAAGAGACUGAAACUUUGUUUUUAUUUUAAUAUAUCGUAGGAAAACAUUAAAGAGCAGAUGCAUGGCCAUUUUCCUUUGAUGUUCUCCAGAGUUUUACUUUACACUUGUCUGUCUUAUAAUUGAAAUUUUAGGAUGUUUGGGUGUUUGUUACAGGCAGAAAUGGAUAGAUACAGCCCUACAAAAUGUAUAUGCCCUCCCCUGAAUAAAAUUGGAUGAAAAUCUACACAGCAAAUUGAAGAUACACAGACGAUAGGGACAGAAUUUAGUUCCCACGUGCCAAACAUAAUACAUGAAAUCUAUGCAUGUUUGCAGCAUAUCUGCCUUUUGGGAAUGUAAUCAAGGUAUAAUCUUUGGCUAGUGUUACGUGCCUGUAUUUUUUAAAAAAAUGGUACACCAGAAAAGGACUGGCAGUCUACUUCUACCAUAGUUAAACUUCACCCUGUUAAUUUCCACAACAUGUUCUUUGGAAGUAGGAGGAAAGCUAUAAAGAGGAUCAGACCUUUCCGUGAAACCAGUAUUUGGUGCCAUAUGUAAGCCUGGUUAAUUUGUCUUCUAAAAGCUGUCAAAUAAGACAUUCUGUGAAAGGUAAACAUCGCAACUGGUUAUCAUGAGUAAAGCCAUCAGGCCCACAGGGUCUUUGAGCGAUCUUUGAAGCGUAUUGUGCUGGCCAGCACCAGAAGAUGUCUGCAUUACUCUCACUGCUAAAAAUGUUGUGUAGCACAGAACUGCACUAGGCUUAAUUUGUUUACAAGAAGAAAUUAAAACUACAUUCGGUUUUUACAUACAGCAGCUCUGUUGAAUAACAUGCAUCUGAAUUUUAAGUUGCAAAGGUAUCUGAAAAGUUCAUUUUUCAUGUGCAUCUUUUGUUGAAUGUUUUGGUUCAAGAAAGAAUGUUUAAAGCUUUUUUAAAGACUUCAGUUCUUAAUGUAACUGUACCCUUCUGCAUGGAGAACCCUAACCAACACGGCUGCAGUAGACUUCUUAGUGGUAUCCAGCACCACGUGCAGAGGGCUGCUUUAUCAUAUUAAUUGUACUUGGGUGUAGGACUCUAGUGUUCUUGGGUGUAUUGCAUGGGCUGCAUUAUCUACAGCAUUGUACAAUAACAACUAGAAGAGGCAGUAUACUUCACUGAUGCUUGUCUGGUAAUAUCACUUCUGUGUUAUAAUGGAAGGUUUUUGUGAUGUAUGAAACUUGUGUUUUUUAUAUAUAAAUGAGUAUAGUUAGAUUAGUAUUGUGGUAAUGCCUGUUUUCAUCUGUAAAUAGUUAAGUAUGUACACGAGGCACUACUUCUGAUUUAUUGCAGUGUUCGGUCCUAGUUUUUACUUUAAUUACAGCAUUCGGUUUUGCUUUCAAUUUUAUGUACCUUAGUUCUGAGUUAGAUCUGCAGAUGUGUACAGAUAGUUCAUAUUUAUGUAUUGCACAUAAUCAUGCUAUUCAGCAUUGAUGCUAUAUUGUAUUAUGUAAAUAAUAAAAGCCAUGUACAGAGGGAA